AUGGCGCCAUCAGUUACACAGGCCGAUGCCAAUGGCUCGCAAGACGGCAAUGGCACCUUUGUAGGCUCAUCGGAACCCGCCUCAGAUAUCACCAUCACAGGCUUCGAGGCCCAUGACCUCAGAUUCCCAACCAGCCUAGAUCACUCCGGGUCCGACGCCAUGAACCCAGGCCCCAACUACAGCGCGGCCUACCUCAUUCUCAAGACCAACACCAGCCUCUCCGGCCACGGUUUCGCCUUCACCAUCGGCCGCGGCAACAACCUGUGCACAACCGCCGCCGAGAUGGUCGCCGAGCGUCUCGUCGGCCGCUCUCUCGCCUCUCUCACCUCCAGCAUGGGCGCCACCUGGAAGUACCUGGUCUCAGACUCGCAGCUGCGCUGGGUCGGCCCCGAGAAGGGCGUCAUCCACCUGGGCCUCAGCGCCGUGGUCAAUGCCCUGUGGGAUCUGUGGGGCAGACACGCCGGCAAGCCAGUGUGGCGCCUGGUCGCGGACAUGACGCCAGAGCAGUUUGUUGACUGUAUCGACUUCCGGUAUAUUUUGGAUGCGAUUACGCCCGAGGAGGCUCUGGCGCUGUUGAAGGAGCAGGAAGGGAUGAAGGCGGCAAGGCUGGAGGACGCGAGGGCGAGUAGGGCGGUGCCGGCGUAUACAACGCAGGCGGGCUGGCUGGGCUUCUCGGACGAGAAGAUGGUACAGCUGAUAAGGUCGAACCUAGCGGUGGGGAUGGACAAGUUCAAGUUCAAGGUUGGGGGCAGCCUUGCGGACGACAAGCGAAGGCUGAAGCUGGCGCGCGACACCAUGGGCUAUGAGCGGAUGCUCAUGGUGGACGCCAAUCAGGUUUGGAGUGUGCCCGAAGCGAUCGACUACGUGCUUGAGCUGGUCGAGUACAAGCCGGUAUUCAUCGAGGAGCCUACCUCGCCGGACGACAUACUGGGCCACGCCGCGAUCAGGAAGGCCCUGAAGCCCCACGGCAUCGGCGUCGCCACCGGCGAGCACUGCCAGAAUAGAGUCAUGUUCAAGCAGCUCCUCCAGGCCGGUUCAAUCGACUAUUGCCAAAUCGACGCCUGCAGGCUAGGCGGCGUGAAUGAGGUCAUGGCUGUCCUGCUGCUGGCAAAGAAGUUCAAUGUCCCCAUCGUGCCCCAUAGCGGUGGCAUCGGCCUCAAUGAGUACACGCAGCACCUCGCGCUGAUCAACUACCUGUGCGUGUCGGGAGAGAAGAGCCUCCUCGAACACAUCAACUCGUUCCGAGAGGUCCUGACGCACCCCGUGCAGACAAAGGACGGGCACUUUGUCACGCCGCAUGAAGCGGGCUACAGUGUGGAAUACACGCCCGAGGCUAUCGAACAGUACGAAUACCCCUCUGGCACGUUCUGGACAAGUGAACAGGGACAGGCAAUCAUCAACGGGCCCAGGUUGUAA